UUUCAGUCAUAGAAAAAUAAAACAUGAAAUAACCCCAUAAUAUACAUUGCAAAUAAGUAAGGAAAACCAAUGGCCUUCAACCAUAGCAACAAGCCUGCAAGUAUUGCAUAAAGACUUGAAACACCUACAAAUCCAUCUUAAUCAAAUACAUAAAAAUUUCAGUUUCACACCAAUCUGAUGACUCCCUCUCCUGGAAUGAAGCACACCUUUCUAAGCCCCUCCCUGUUUACAGACUGUUUACCUCAGACGUUAGGCACACCCUCUCUUAUCACAGUCAUGUGAUAAGUGGAAAAACAGGAAUUUUCCACAUGCUUCGGAUCAGUGUCUCUAUAUAAAAGAGACAAGAACAGCUUUUAUCUUGGGAGAAGUUAUUUACAUUGAGGAGACAUGGCGCAGCGAACGAUUCAGCUGGAUCAAGAAAAACUGAGCUGUUCCAUCUGUCUGCAACUUUUAAAGCAUCCAGUCACUAUUCCCUGUGGGCACAGCUACUGCAUGGACUGUAUCAAAAACUACUGGGAUGAGAAGAAAACACACAGCUGCCCUCAGUGCAGAGAGAUUUUCACACGGCGGCCUGUCCUGGUGAAGAACACCAUGUUAGCUGAGUUAGUGGAGGACCUAAAGAAAGCAGAACAUCAGACAGCUUCAUCUGAUCAUGCCUAUGCUGGACCUGGAGAUGUGUCCUGUUCUGGGAGGAAGCGGAAAGCCUCCGAGUCCUGCCUGGUGUGUAUGGCCUCUAACUGUGAGCAUCACCUCCAGCCUCACUACAACGUAGCUCCAAUAAAGAGACACAAGAUCAUUAAAGCCACUUCAAAGCUUCGGGAGAACAUCUGCCCUCGCCAUGAUGAGGAGAUGAAGAUCUUCUGCCGCACUGAUCAGCAGUGUAUCUGUUGUCUCUGCUUAAUGGAUGAACACAAAGACCAUGACACAGUGUCAGCUGCAGCGGAAAGAGCUGAGAAGCAGAAAAGGUUUGGAAGAAAUCGACAAAAAUUUCUUCAAAGAAUUCAGGAAAGAGAGAAAGAUGUGAAGAUGCUUCAUCGAAGAGGGGAGGCAAUCAAUCUUUCUGCUGAUAAAGCUUUCAGAGAAUGUGAUAAGGCUUUCAAAGAUUUGAUCAGUCUCAUUGAGAAAAAAAGCUCUGAAGGGAAGCAGAAGAUCAGAUCCAAACAAAAUGCUGAACAGAACAGAGUCAAAGAGCUUCAGGAGAAAAUAGAGCAGGAGAUCAGAGAUCUGAGGAGGAGAGACACUGAACUGCAGCAGCUCUCACUGACUGAGGAUCACCUCCAUUUUCUGAAAAACUACUCCUCACUGUCACAUCUGAGUGCAUCUACAAACGUACCCACCUACAACAAUGUUACUCUGCAGUACUUUGAGGAUGUGACUGCAUCUGUGUCACGGACCAGAGAUAAAGUGAAGGCUCUUCUCAGUGAGGAAUGGCCAAAAAUCUCAGUUGGAAUGACCAAAGCAGAUAUUUUACUGCCUCAAGGAGAACCCAAAACCAGAGACGACUUUUUGAAAUAUUCUUGUCAGAUCACUCUCGAUCCAAAUACAGCACACACACUGUUGUCACUGAGUGACAGCAACAGAAAAGUAACACUGAUGAGUAGAAACCAGUCAUAUCCGAGUCAUCCAGACAAAUUCCUUGAAUGGUGGCAGGUCCUGAGCAGAGAGGGUCUGACUGGACGCUGUUACUGGGAGGUGAAGUGCAACGGGAUGGUUGGAGUAGCUGUUGCAUACAAGGAUAUCGGCCGUAGAGGGACCAGAGAGGAAUGUGGAUUUGGAUUGAAUGAGAAAUCCUGGGCGUUAACACUUUCAGACAGCGGUUAUGAAUUCAAACACAACAACAUUCCCACUCCCAUCCCAGGCCCUCAGUCCUCCAGAAUAGGAGUAUAUUUGGAUCACAGGGCAGGAACUCUUUCUUUCUACAGCAUCACUGAGACCGUGAAUCUCCUCCACAGAGUCCAGACCAGGUUCACUCAGUCUCUCUAUGUUGGACUUCGGCUUCCACAAAGUGCUGGACACACUGCUGAGGUGUGUGAGCUCAAGAAGGGAAUAAACAUAAAAUAGUGAAAUUUGAUGCCAUGUGCUACUUGUUGAAAUGUGUUUAUCUAUCCUGCACCUGUUAAAGAUGAAUGUUUAUGGAUAUGAGAAUAACAUUUAAUUUCUUUGAUUGUCUUGUUUUCAAUAGCUAUUUGGGUAAAACGGUUUAUUUGGCAAAUCAACAUUCAUUUCUUAUAUAGUUUAUAUUUAACCACUGUUUUGUUGUAACAUUAGCAGAAAAAACUCACAUAAAUAUAAAUUCAUAUGAAAAUAACUUCAGUGUAUUUAAAAUUACAGAGAAAAAUAAUUAUGUAUCAGAUAAGUUGAAAUCAGGGUUAUUAUGGUGUUUGCAUUUUUAAUGUACUUUUUAUUUCUACAUUUAAGUUGGUGGAAAAUGAUUGUAAAAUGUUUAAUUUCGGUUAUGUUUUCAUGAACUUUUUUUAUUUACUGUUGUUUGUGAAAUAAAGUGAGCAAUGUACACUAAAGUUUC